AUGAAAAUCAUAUCGUGCAUCAGCCAUGCACCUUUUAUCGGACCCUGCCUCCGGCGGCUGGGGCUCCGCCCCAGACCCCGCUGCUCCUCUCGCUCCGCUCGAGUCGUUUCGUCGACGGUCCAAGCCAUCUCCGGCGAAGCAGGAGCCACGGGGUCUGGGGCAACGCCCCAGCCGCCGGAGGCAGCACCACCACCAUACAAAGGAUAUCAAUUAUUUAUUAGUCACGUAAGAUGUUUAGAUAGCAACAGAAGAGUGGAACUUGGCACCGGCGUAGAUGGCCUUGUCGCCAAGAGCCUCCUCGAUACGGAGGAUCUCGUUCAACUUGGCCAAACGCUCGGAACGGGCGGGAGCACCGGUCUUGAUUUGUCCGGAUCUGAUACCAACAGACAAGUCGGCAAUGAAGGUGUCCUCGGUCUCACCAGAUCUGUGGGAAACCAUGACACCCCACUUGGCGGCGUAAGAGUCCUUGGCAGCUUGGAUAGACUCGGUCAAGGUACCGAUUUGGUUGACCUUGAGGAGAAGAGCGUCAGCAGCCUUGGUCUCAAUGGCCUUGGCAAUGAACUUGGGGUUGGUAACAGUCAAGUCAUCACCAACAACUUGGACCUUGCCGGCAACACGGGGGUAGAACUUUUGCCAAGCGGCCCAGUCACCCUCGGCGAAGGGGUCUUCAAGAGAGAUGAUGGGGUACUUCUCAAUGAGUUGGAUGUAGUAGUCGGCAAGUUGCUCGCCAGUGAGCCACUUAGACUUGUCAGACUCGGGGUUCUUGAAGUCCAAGUCGUACUUCUCGGCAUCCUCGUGGUAGAACUCGGAAGAAGCAGCAUCAAUGGCAAUGCUGAUCUUACCAGUGUAACCAGCAGCCUCGAUAGCAGCGACAAUGAGGUCAAGAGCCUCGUGAGCGUCUUGAAUAUCAGGAGCAACACCACCCUCAUCACCAACGUUACCAGCAGAAGUACCAUACUUCUUCUUGGUCAAGCUCUUGAGCUGUUGGUAGACCUCAGAGCCAGCUCUAAGGGCAUCGGUGAAAGAGGUGAAUCCAGUAGGAGCAAUCAUGAACUCUUGGAUGGCCAAAGCACCACCGGCGUGAGAACCACCGUUGAUGACGUUUUGGAAAGGAACUGGCAAAACGUAAGGAGCAGGGGUACCAGCAAUCUCAGCGAUGUGUUGGUAAAGAGGAACGCCCUUCUCAGCGGCACCAGCACGACUGGCAGCUAA